GGGUCAGCGGCGAUUGCGUCAUAGAGGAACCAAAGAUGGCUUCACGAUGCGCUUCGGCAGUGCUUAGAUGCGUCAACGCUCAGCUGUCAGUACACACGUUUAUAUGAAAGGGGAGGAAGGAUAAUAAAAUAAAAAACAUUGGGGGAAAAGGCAGGCGAGCCGUUUAGAUUUAUGUCCAGCCAGUUUAUGCUGCACUUGGGUUGUUUAACAGUCAGGGACAAUGGGUUCGACUACAAAUGAAGAAUUUAAAGAGAAAUUACUAUGGAACGUCAAAAGAGAAGUGAAGCAGAUUAUGGAGGAGGCGGUGACCAAGAAGUUUGUACAUGAAGACAGCAGCCACAUUAUUGCACUUUGCAGCUCCAUUGAGGCUUGCUUAAGUCACCUGCUGAAGCGAAGAGCGGCCGGAUUCCUCCGCAGCGAUAAGAUCGCCGCCCUCUUCACCAAGAUCGGCAAGGUGAACACCACGGCGAGUGAGAUCUGUCGCAAGGUUCAAGAACAGCUACAACAGCAGGCCGAAAUCACCAGGAGGACUCAGAGCACAGGACAGGAGGCCCUCAGGAGGCAGGGCUCCUCUGCCGGACGAGCACCUCAGCCACUCUCCGCACAGGCCAUCAAGCACAUAUGGGUCCGCACGGCCCUCUUCGAGAAAGUCCUGGACAAAGUUGUGCAGUAUAUUGUGGAUAACGCAAGUAAGUAUUAUGAAAGGGAGGCCCUCAUACACGACUCUGUGUUCGGCCCUAUACUGGCGGCACUGCUGGUUGGGCCUUGCGCUCUGGAGUACAGUAAGCUUAAGACGUCAGAUCAUUUCUGGACGGACCCGUCGGCCAAUGAGCUGGUCCAGAGGCAUCGCAUCCACGGGGCCCACAGAGGCCAGGAGGUGUCGCCGGGACGCAGGCCUGCACUUGGGAUCCGAAAGCGUCAGUCCUCAGGAAGCAUGUCUGAGGAUAAGUUUGCAGCCUCGGCGAGAGAGUAUGUCGAAUCCCUGCACCAAAACUCACGCGUUCACUUGCUCUACGGAAAGAACAAUGUACUCGUUCAACCGAAGAAGGACAUGGAGGUGCUGCGUGGUUACCUGUCCCUUCAUCAGACGGCAGAAACACUGACGCUGAAGUGGACGCCCAAUCAGCUGAUCAAUGGCACUCUGGGAGACUGUGACCUGGAGAAGAGUAUUUAUUGGGACUACGCUUUGACUGUGCCUUUAAGACAGAUCGUCUGCAUUCAUUGUCACCAGCGCCCCGACUGUGGUGGUACUCUGGUGUUAGUAAGUCAGGAUGGGAUCCAGCGUCCUCCUCUGCACUUCCCUCCUGGGGGCCACCUGCUGUCGUUCCUGUCCUGUUUGGAGACGGGUCUACUGCCCCGGGGUCAGCUGGAGCCCCCCCUCUGGUCCCAGAGGGGUAAGGGCAAAGUCUUCCCUAAGCUUCGUAAGAAGAACAGCACGGCCCGUUUAGUAGAUCAAGACGUGGAUGGAGAGGAGCAAAUCGCCGCAGACUAUGUGUUUCGCAUCGUUUAUCCAGGGCACCGUCACGACUCAACAGUCACUAUAAACUACCACCACACCACGGGCAGUCGUGCGCCCUCUCUGGACGACGACGAGGAGGAGGAAGAUAGACUUCACGCUAUGAUCUCUAUGAUCUGCUCACGGAACCUCACAGAUCCUAAUGUCAUGAAAGACCACGGGGACAUGAUGGAGAUGCAGGGUUUUGGCGGCAGCCCGUUGUCAUGGCAGCAGGGCGAGUACCCCAGUCAUAUGUCAUCUUGUCUGUCCUGCUCCACUGGGGGCAGCAACGCUUCCGUCGAGCUUCCAGCGAGCUGCACCUGCAUGCAUGACCGUAUUCCACUGAAGAUGCUGUGCCAAAAUAUGAAGAGACAGAUUGUGUCUCGAGCGUUUUAUGGCUGGCUGGCCUACUGUCGGCACCUGUCCACUGUGAGGACGCACCUUUCAGCACUGGUCAACCACAACAUUGUCCCUCCAGACAAGCCCUGUGAAGCCUCUGGAGGGCUCAGCAAAGAUGUGUGGAGUAAAUAUCAGAAAGAUUGUAAGAAUUAUAAGGAGCUGGAGCUGCUGAGGUUGGUUUACUAUGGAGGGGUGGAGCAUGAGAUCAGAAAGGAGGUGUGGCCGUUUCUGCUGGGACACUACAAGUUCGGGAUGGACAAGAAAGACAUGGCUCAGAUUGAUGAGAAGAUCACUGCAAGGUAUCAGCAGGUGAUGCGGGAGUGGAAGGCAUGUGAGGUCAUUGUGAAGCAGCGGGAGAAAGAGAUGCAGUCGGCCAUCUUUGCUAAGUUGUCAUCAGGGAGCAGUAUAGACAGCCACGUCCUCAGGCUCAUCCAUAGGGACUCCACUAUUAGCAAUGAGGUAUUCAUGUCUGUGGAUGAGCCUGAUGCAGGCGGUCACGACACCUCAUGUGAGGGAGGAAGUACUCCCACCUUAACCACUGUGGUCACCCCGGCCAUGUUAGCCCCAGAUGAGAGGCCUCUGGUGGAGUUUGACUCUCCAGACUCAGGCCUGCCCUCCUCCAGAAACUACUCCGUAGCCUCUGGACAUUCCCAAAUCAUGUCCAGCAUCGAAGACGGACAGAGCAUGGAGGAGGACACUACACCCACUGGGGUAUUGGAGGAGCAGGGUGGACGGGACUCUUUGAGUGAGGACAAACUCUGCAGUCAGCUGGACAAGCUCGCAACCACCACUGAGGGCUCUACACCAUCUCUCUCCUCCUAUACGAUUGAGCUGUUGGACAGGGUGGCGCUGAACUUGCACAGAAUAGACAAAGAUGUCCAGCGCUGCGAUCGCAACUACUUUUACUUCACUACCAGCAACCUGGAGAAACUGCGCAACAUCAUGUGCAGUUACGUGUGGGAACAUCUGGAGAUUGGCUAUGUGCAAGGCAUGUGUGACCUUCUAGCCCCUCUGAUGGUCAUUCUGGAUGAUGAGUACUUGGCCUACAGCUGUUUUACUCAGCUGAUGAAAAGGAUGAGUCAGAAUUUCCCUACCGGAGGAGCCAUGGACACUCAUUUCGCCAAUAUGAGGUCACUGAUUCAGAUCCUUGACUCAGAGUUGUUUGAGCUCAUGCAUCAGAAUGGAGAUUACACCCAUUUCUACUUCUGCUAUCGCUGGUUCCUCCUGGACUUUAAAAGAGAGCUUCUCUAUGAGGAUGUGUUUGCAGUAUGGGAGGUUAUCUGGGUCGCCCCUCGCAUCUCCUCCAAGCACUUUGUCCUGUUCAUUGCAUUGGCUUUGGUGGAGGUGUACAGAGACAUUAUCCUAGACAACAACAUGGACUUCACUGAUAUCAUCAAGUUCUUUAAUGAGAUGGCCGAGCGCCACGACGUGCAGCACAUCCUCCGAAUAGCGCGGGAGCUGGUACACAAGGUGCAGACCCUUAUCGAGAACAAGUGAGAACAAGAGUAGGCUGCUGCCCACCUCGCCAAAUCUCCUUCCCGACAGCCCAAGGCUUGUGACUGCCCGGGAUCUGCCUCGACGUCUUGACUCUUUGUAUCGUUUGCCUGCCACAGAAUGCCGUUGUGUCAGACCCUGGCGUUGUCUGCAUGCUCGUGGUGUUUGAGCACACUGUGACUGAGGUUUUUUCUUUUCCAUUUCUUGCUGUAAACACCUCCAGCACACACCGCACCAAUCAGGUCCUUUUCG